CGCCUCUACCGGAUGAUGUCAGUUGCUGUAGGAGUACGUUCGGCAUGGAUGCAAAUUAACACAAGUUGUCGUCGUUCGUACCGGUUGAGACUAGUUGAUCGAAACGUGUUUAUAAUUCCUCGUCAACUGUCGAACGGGACGUCAUAAAGUGCAGAAUAUGGGUGCUUAUUUAUCUGAACCGAUCACAGAGAAGGUAUCCACCGACGAGGCCAACGAUAAAAUAAGAUGCGGGGCCAGUUCGAUGCAAGGUUGGCGCGAGAGUCAAGAGGAUGCCCAUAAUUGCAUAUUAGAUUUUGAUAAUCAUGCUUCAUAUUUUGCUGUAUAUGAUGGUCAUGGAGGACGCGAAGUCGCCCAAUAUUGUUCACAAGAAUUACCGGCAUUUCUAAAAACGCUAGAGAAAUAUAAAUCGGGGAAUUACCAGGAAGCUCUUGAAGAAGCCUUCCUUAAUUUUGAUGCAACAAUAGCGACACCGGAAGUUAAAGCUACAUUAAAAAAAAUUGUUCAAAAUGAUGGCGAAGAUGAUGUUAGCGAUGAAGACGAUGAAAAUGUUAAUCAUUUAUACGAAGAAGCAACUAUGCCCAUUGAGCAAGUCAUCGAGAAGUACACCUCGAAUAAAUUGAAAAAUUUAAAAGAUAGCGAAAAAUUACCUUUAUCUCCACUUUUAAAACCAAGAAAACCGGUCGAUUCACCUGGAACAUCAUCCACUGCAAGUAAUUUAACAUCAAAACCUCCUGAAUCUUCUCGAGGCGAUGUUGUGAGUAGUACAAGUAGUGUUAAAAUAGAAGAAAUCACAUCUAGCGAUGCUGUCGGUAAUGGAAAUGAAGAAACUGAAAAAGAACAACCGGAUAAUGUCGUUACUAGUGAGGGAAGUAAUAAACCUGAUAGUUCUGAAGAUAUGAAAACUACAACAAAAGAGGAGAUCAUUGAAAGUGAAAGUUCUAAUCAAAAUGGGGAUGCUGUUAGUAGUUCUUCACCACAAAAUGGAAAAAUUGUUGAUAAAAAAAAAGGUAAAGGUAAGGCUUUAAUGAAGACUCGUGGAAUGGAAAAUACUAUUGUAUUGAGAAGUCGAACUACUCGCAGAACAGUAACACAAUUGUACAAUACUUUACUGCAAGAAGAUUCUGAGGAUGACGAUUCAGAAGAUGAAGAAGAUAAAACUUUUGAAGGUCCAAAUGUUGAUUCUAGUGAUGAUGGCGAUGAAAACGAACUUCAAGGUGAAGAUGAAAAUUCCGAUAAAACUUCUGAUGAAGAUGAGGACGAUGAUGAUGAUGAGGAUGACGACGAUGAUGAUGAAAACGUUGGUAACCUCCUUUUUAGAGGGAUGGGUGAUGGUCCCGGUUUUGAUAGCGGAUGUACCGCUGUUGUGGCUCUUCUCAAAGACAAUGAAUUGUACGUAGCAAAUGCGGGUGAUUCGCGCUGUAUAGUUUGCAGAAAUGGUCAAGCGAUAGAAAUGAGUAUUGAUCACAAACCGGAAGAUCCCCCUGAAUUAAAUCGAAUUAUUAAAGCGGGCGGGGAAGUUACUUCUGAUGGUAGAGUAAAUGGUGGGUUGAAUUUAUCGCGAGCAAUUGGAGAUCAUGAGUACAAACAAAAUAAAAACGUUUCUGAUCGUGAACAAAUGAUUACCGCUUUACCAGAUAUAAAAACAUUGACGAUAAACGCAGCUGAAGAUGAGUUUAUGGUAUUGGCUUGUGAUGGUAUUUGGAAUUUUAUGUCUAGUCAAGAAGUUGUUGAUUUUGUAAGGCCAAGAUUGCAGGAGAAUCCAGAUAAAAUAUCACAAAUAUGCGAAGAGAUGUUUGAUCAUUGUUUAGCACCUGAUACAAUGGGCGAUGGUACAGGUUGCGAUAAUAUGACUGCGAUAAUAGUUGCCUUUAGGCCAAACAUAAUGAAAAGGUGCGCAUCAGAUUCGGACGUGCAAACUCAGUGUAAAAAAGCUAAGACUGAUGGUGAAAGUAUGUCAACUUCAGUUGAAACGACGGUAUAACUGUUUAUUUCCAUAAGUUUAGUGCGAAGGUGUAAAGUUUAAACGAUAUAUAUAUUAAUGGAAAUGAGAGGAUUUUUUUGGUAUUAGUUUUAAAAAAUUAGUUGAUUAAAAAAUUAUUAAAAAAAAAAUGAGGCCCAAAUAUUGUAAGUACAACGAUGGAGCCUUUUUUGUAUUAUACCACGGUAGAGGUGCCUUCCGUUAAUUUAAAAAAGAUCACAUCAGCAUAAAACACUAUCGAAAUUAUCUGCUAAAACUAUUAUAAAUAGAUAGACGUGUUUGUUAUAGAAAAUUAUGGUUUUGUAAUUAUGUAUGUACAUACACGUGUCCACUUGUGGAAAACGAAGAGAAUCACACGAGGGAUCAAGAAUCGUUUCGAAAAGCCGUUUUUCAACAAAGCAAAAAGUAAUACAUUGCAAAAGUAAUUAUUAUUUUGUUACAUCAACAUGACACUUAACAAAAUAUGCAUAAAUGUUAGUUUAACACUUUGAUUUAAGUUUAUUUUUUGUUCUCUCCUGGAAAUGUGUUAUCAUUAGUUUUUCACAUAUUUAUAAUAAUAAUUUAGAAAAACUGAAAACAUGUUAAUAAAACGAGAUUUUAUAUUCUUA